UCUUCAUCCUCAACCUCAACCUCCCACAAAAAGGACGCGGCAGACAUCAUCGCCGCAGCGUCACGUCCAUCCAAGAGAUUCUCGCAACAGAGUACCUACAAAGACGACAUGAGAAAGUCGAUCUGGUGCGAGACCCAGUGGACGAACUUGAGCAUGCAGGCCAAGAAACUUGAUAUGCCGCUGUUGCCGUAUUUCGAACCGGACACGAUGUUGUUGUCUAAGGAUAUUAAUCAUAAGUUGUGGUUGCAGUUGACUCGUCUAUGGGACUUUCUCGGCCCCGACCGCGCCCCCUACGCGACCCCAAUCCUCCUGAAGGGCGGCGAGGUCAAAUGGCAUUCCUUCCUCGACGGCGACCGCGGCGACGAGGCCGAGGUCUACGACAGUGCUGUCGAUGCCUUCAUGAGCGCUGCUCCUCGGCCGGGCAUUUAUGAA